CCUGGAGCUAGGACGGCACCACUUAGCUUAGCACCACGUUUCCACGUUUCCCUUCAGCAACAUCACAACUCUGUCCUUCUGUAAUUGAGGUUUGGUAUCAAUUGCAGUCUGUCCUUUCGAUUUCUCAUAGGUCCUCCACUGGUUUGACAAGUGUCAAGAACCAUCCCCACUAUGGCUGCCUCCCACUUCGAAGCGAAGGUUAAAAGCGUUCUUUCCGGCGACACCGUUGUUCUUCACAACAUCAGCAACCCUCGGCAAGAACGCAUCCUCAGCUUAGCCUUCGUUGCCGCACCGCGAUUGAAGCGAGAGGGCGAUGAACAAUUCGCCUUCGAGUCACGCGAUUACCUCCGCCGUCUGCUAGUUGGCAAGGUCGUACGCUUCCAGGUUCUCUACAAGGUCCCCACAGGCGCCAACCGCGAAUAUGGUCUCGUUGCUCUGCCGGACCGCACAGUACUUCCCGAACAAGCUGUUGCGGAGGGUUGGUUAAAGCUGCGAGACGACGCCGGUCGCAAGGGCGAAUCAGAGGAGGAUGCACAAAUUCUAGAGAAGCUCCAGGUUCUGGAGGCGCGAGCUAGGGCAGACUCAAAGGGUCUCUGGGCCGAGACGGGUGGUAGGAUCAACUCGAUCAAUGAGCUUAGCAACCCCCAACAGUUCAUCGAAGAGAACAAGGGCAAGGAGCUUGAUACGAUCGUUGAAAAGGUCCUGUCUGGCGACCGUCUCAUUGUCCGAUUCGUCCUCUCGCCCACCGAGCACGUCCAGACCAUGAUUCUCCUCGCCGGCAUCCGAGCACCAUCGACUCAGCGCACGAACCCUUCAACCCAAGAAGUACAGGCUGCAGAGCCCUUCGGCGACGAUGCACAGCUUUUCGUCGAGACCAGGCUGCUUCAACGCAAUGUCGCAACCAGCGUCCUCGGACUGACACCGAACGGCCAGAUCAUUGCGGACGUCAAACACCCUUCUCAGGGUAGCAUCGCGCCUCACGUCCUCAAAGCUGGACUCGCAAAGUGCUCCGACCACCACACCACACUUCUUGGAGCACAGAUGGCUACCUUGAGACAGGCGGAGAAGUUUGCUAGAGACAGGAGACAAGGUCUUUACCAGGGACAUGUCGCUCCCAAGGCCAACGCUCCUGGUGAGCUUGAGGCGGUUGUUAGUAGGGUACAGAGCGCAGAUACUCUGUUCAUCCGAAACAAGGCUGGUGCUGAGAAGCGCAUUAACCUCAGCAGCGUUCGCCAGCCCAAGCCGACCGACCCCAAGCAGUCACCCUGGGUAGCUGAGGCCAAGGAGUUUCUGCGUAAGAAGUUGAUCGGCAAGCACGUCAGAUUCCAUAUCGAUGGCAAGCGCCCGGGUAGCGAGGGCUACGACGAACGCGAGAUGGCUACGGUUUCUUUGCAGGGUAAGAACAUCGGUCUCCUCCUUGUCGAGAGCGGUAUGGCCACGGUCAUCCGCCACCGCCAGGACGAUACCGACAGGAGCCCCAUCUACGACGAUCUUCUGCUUGCCGAGGCAACCGCGCAGGAGGAGCAGAAGGGUCUCUGGUCUCCCAAGGCACCCUCCACAAAGCAAUAUGUUGACUACUCUGAAUCGCUCGAGAAGGCCAAGCGCCAGCUCACUCUGCUUUCUAGACAGCGUCGCGUGCCAGCCGUUGUUGACUUUGUCAAGUCUGCGUCUCGUUUCACGGUCCUGAUUCCUCGCGAGAACGCCAAGAUCACACUCGUCCUCUCUGGUAUCCGCGCACCUAGAUCCGCCAGGAAUGACCAAGACAAGGGCGAGCCUUACGGCAAGGAAGCACACGAGUUUGCCAGUAAGCGCUGCCAGCAGCGCGAUGUUGAGAUCGAUGUUGAAGACUGCGACAAAGUCGGUGGCUUUAUUGGAACGCUCUACAUCAACCGUGAAAGUUUUGCGAAAACUCUCGUUGAGGAGGGUCUUGCGUCUGUACACGCCUACUCAGCCGAGAAAUCAGGGAACGCAAAUGAGCUCUUCGCCGCCGAGCAGAAGGCCAAGGAUGCACGAAAGAACCUCUGGGAGAACUACGAUCCUUCGCAAGAAGAUGAGUACGCCGAUACCACUGCUGCCGCUGUGCAGACAUCGAACGGAGAUGAACCAGCGGCUUCGAGACAGAAGGACUACCGUGAUGUCAUGGUCACCCAUGUCGCGGAAGACGGCAAGCUUAAGAUCCAACAAGUUGGUUCUGGAACCUCAGCACUCACAUCAUUAAUGAAUGCAUUCAGCAAGUUCCACCUGAACCCUGCGAACAACAAGGGUCUUGACAACCCUCCCAAGACCGGCGAGUUUGUCUCGGCCAAGUUUACUGAGGAUGACACGUGGUACCGCGCCCGCGUCCGCCGCAACGAUCGCGAAGCGAAGAAGGCGGAGGUUGUCUAUGUUGACUAUGGAAACUCUGAGGUUCUUCCUUGGAGCCGCCUGCGUCCUCUCGGCGCUGAGUUCUCCAACACCAAGCUCAAGCCUCAGGCCGUCGACGCGCAGUUAGCAUUCAUUCAACUGCCAAGCAACCCCGAGUAUCUCAGUGAUGCCGUCCAGUUCAUCUCCCAGGAGACAGCUGGUCGCUCGCUGGUCGCCAACGUUGACCAGGUCGACAAGGAUGGCCUUCUGUGGGUCACACUGUUCGAUCCCAAGGAGAGCAAGUCUGGCGAGGAGAGUGUGAACGCUGAUGUCAUCGAGGAAGGUUUUGCCAUGGUCCCCAAGAAGCUCAAGGCUUGGGAGAGGAGUGCAACAGAUGUCCUCGCUGCUCUGAAGCAAAAGCAGGACGUUGCUAAGGCUGAGAGGAGAGGUCAGUGGGAGUACGGCGAUCUGACUGAGGAUGACUGACUAGGUGCAUCACUCAUUUGGCGCGAAAAGUAACGUGCUCGCAUUGUAGGAUAUUGAUUGUAUGGACGAACACUAGGCUGGAAAAGUAUUCAUCGAUUUGUUUCUGCCUACACCUUAAGACAUGCACAUUGUGAAUGAAGCGACGGUGAGACAGAGACCACAGCGACAACCUUCAGACUGCCUCGAAUUGUGA